AUGUAUACAUGUUCUCUGGCUCAGAGGGAAGAAGAUAGCAGAGCAGAAUGCAUUUCAGUGAAGAUGAAAGAUGAAAGAUUCAGCAGCAAUAUAAUAUUUGGCAUUUAUUAUAGGCUACCAAAUAAGGAAGAGGAGACAGGUUACAUGGGUCAGGAUGGACCUCUUGGAUCUUGUGAAAAUAAAUACUGCGGUCUCGGUAGACACUGUGUUGUCAAUGGAGAAACUGGCCAAGCUGAAUGCGUGUGCAUGGAACAUUGCAAGCCUCACUACAAACCUGUAUGUGGUUCUGAUGGAGAAUUCUAUGAAAACCAUUGUGAAGUUCACAGGGCUGCUUGCCUGAAAAAGAAAAAGAUUACCAUUGUUCACAAUGAAGACUGCUUCUUCAAAGGGGAUAAGUGCAAAUCUCCUGAAUACAGCAAAGUGAAAAAUAUGCUGCUGGACCUACAAAACCGGAGAUACAUUGCACAAGCAAAAGAAAAAAUUAUAGAAGAUAAAAUAGCUCUAAAGAAAAUUCUGGUGGAUCAGAUGUUUAAUUAUUUUGAUUCUGACAGGAAUGGGCUUGUGGACAGUAAUGAACUAUCUCAGGUAAUAAAACGGGAUGAACUUGGCAAGGAGCUGUCUGACUGCUCUCUGUUCGAUCUGUUGAAAUAUGAUGAUUAUAACAGUGACAAGCACCUAGCUCUGGAAGAAUUCUACAGAGCAUUUCAGGUGGUUCAGUUGAGUCUGCCAGAAGAUCAGAAAAUAAGCGUCACUGCAGCAACAGUAGGACAAAGUGCUGUCCUUAGUUGUGCCAUUCAAGGAACCUUGAGACCUCCCAUCAUCUGGAAGAGGAACAAUGUCAUUCUAAAUAACUUAGAUUUGGAAGACAUCAAUGACUGGGGNGAUGAUGGGUCCUUGUACAUUACUAAGGUUACCACUACUCACAUGGGAAAUUACACCUGCUAUGCUGAUGGUUAUGAUAAACUGUAUCAAACUCAUAUUCUCCAAGUGAAUGUUCCUCCAGUAAUUCGAGUCUAUCCAGAAAGCCAGGCCAGGGAACCAGGUGUGACAGCUAGUCUCCGAUGCUAUGCUGAAGGUAUCCCCAGUCCACAACUUGGUUGGCUGAAGAAUGGAAUUGACAUUACUCCAAAGUUAUCCAAACAGUUAACUCUUCAAGCAAAUGGCAGUGAAGUUCACAUUAGCAACGUGCGCUAUGAAGAUACGGGAGCAUAUACUUGUAUUGCAAAGAAUGAAGCAGGAGUGGAUGAAGACAUUUCUUCUCUUUUUGUAGAAGAUUCAGCUCGGAAGACCCGUCUGGGAAUUGGGAACAUGUUUUAUGUUUUUUAUGAAGAUGGAAUCAAAGUGAUACAGCCAGUAGAAUGUGAAUUUCAGAGGCACAUUAAACCCAGUGAAAAACUCCUUGGGUUUCAGGAUGAAGUUUGCCCCAAGGCUGCAGAGGAUACUAUUCAGCGGUGUGUGUGGGCAUCUGCUGUUAAUGUAAAAGACAAGUUCAUUUAUGUGACUCAGCCCACUUUGGAUAGAGUGCUCAUUGUUGAUGUACAGUCUCAAAAAGUUGUGCAGGCAGUAAGUACAGACCCAGUACCAGUGAAGCUGCACUAUGACAAAUCACAUGAUCAGGUAUGGGUGCUCAGCUGGGGAAGUAUGGAAAAGAAUUCACCAACUCUGCAGGUAAUAACACAGGCCAGUGGGAGUGUUUCUCACCACACAAUCCAUACGCAGCCAGUGGGAAGGCAGUUUGAUAGAGUGGAUGACUUUUUCAUUCCUAGUACAACCCUCAUCAUUACCCAUAUAAGGUUCGGAUGUAUUCUUCAUAAAGAUGAGACUGUACUCCAGAAAAUUGAUCUUGAAACUAUGUCAUAUAUCAAGACAAUUAGUUUAAAGGAUUAUAAUUGCAUUCCUCAGUCUCUGGCUUAUACACAUCUUGGAGGAUAUUAUUUUAUCUGCUGCAAGCCUGAUACCACUGGGGCUAUUCUACCACAGCUUAUAGUGGAUAGUGUUACUGACAGUGUGAUUGGAUAUAAUGGUGAUGUGACAGGCACCCCAUAUAUCUCUCCAGAUGGGCACUACCUUGUCAGCAUUGAUGAUGUAAAAGGUCUCAUGAAGGUCCAGUCCAUUACAAUUAGAGGAGAAAUCCAGGAUGCCUUUGACAUUCACACUAACUUGCACAUAUCUGAUGUGGCUUUUCAGCCAUCGUUUACUGAAGCCCAUCAGUACAAUGUCUAUUGUAGCUCCAGCUUGCAAACGGAUGUGUUGUUUGUAGAGCUGUCCUCUGGCAAAGUUAAGAUGGUGAAGAGCCUUAAGGAGCCUACUGGGGCAGAAGAAUGGCCUUGGAACAGUAAGAACCGGCUUAUCAAGGACAGCGGUCUCUUUGGCCAAUACCUUAUGACACCUUCCAAGGAAUCCCUCUUUAUCCUGGAUGGACGGCUCAACAAGUUAAAUUGUGAAAUCACUGAAGUUGAGAGAGGCAACACAGUAAUUUGGGUUGGAGAAGCAUAAGGAACCAUGCUAGAUAAUAAUGGAACAAAAUAGUUUUACAGUACAUUGCACUUAACACCAUUCUUUAAAUUUCCAGUUUUCCUUUGAAAUGAUUAGACCCUUCUAUAUUU